AUGAAUAGCCACGCAGUUUCAUCCCGUCUUUACACCCCUUCCACCCCGCAGCUCUCCGAAUUCAAAGAGAUCUGUUCGCGAACCACAGACCCAGAAACCUACCCACUAGCUUGCGAAGUCAAAUCCAACAUCCCCAUCUACGACCUCGAAGCCCUCGAAUCCACAGGCCUGACCGCAGACCUGAUAACCCGCCUCCAAGAUGAAUGGCACCACAUCCUCCACACAGGCCCGGGCGUCUACGUGCUACGAUCAAUGUACGCGCCGUCAAAAUACGAAACAACCCUAAACAACACAAACACCGCCUUCAACGCGAUCAUCGCCCACGAAGCCGCACAAUCAGAUACCAAGAAAGGCGACCAUUUCGCCGUAGGCGGCACAAACGACCGUAUCUGGAACUCAUUCUCAAAACACGCCCUCCAAGACCCAUCCUCCUUCAUUGAUUACUACUCAAACCCAUGGCUAGCAGCCGUUGCUGAGUCCUGGCUGGGUCCGGCAUAUCGCGUGACCGCCCAAGUCAACGCCGUGCACCCGGGCGGCGCCGCACAGGAAGCACACCGCGAUUACCACCUCGGAUUCCAGGAAGAGGUCGCCUGCAAGCGCUACCCGGCCACGGUGCAAUUGACAUCGCAGUUCCUGACGCUGCAGGGCGCUGUCGCGCAUAGUGAUAUGCCUGUCGCCAGUGGGCCAACUCGUUUCCUGCCUUUCAGUCAGACAUAUAAGUCUGGAUAUCUAGCGUGGCGCAAGCCUGAGUUCCGUGCUUUCUUCCAGGAGAGAUAUGUUGCGCUUCCGUUGAGUUUCGGAGACGGAUUGUUCUUUAACCCGGCGCUUUUCCAUGCUGCUGGUGCGAAUCAGAUGGAUCCUGAUAAUGGGGGAUUCCGACGUGUGGCGAAUUUGCUGCAGAUUAGUAGUGCGUUUGGAAAACCUAUGGAGACAGUUGAUUCCGUGCCGCUUAUUGAUUCCGCUUGGGAUGUGCUGGUUCAGCGGUUCCGGGCUGCUGGAGGGGCUUUGGCGGGGCAGGAACUCGAUCCCAAUACGCAUUCGUUGCAGCAGAGGGAGAUUAGGGCUUUUGUGCAGGCUGUUGCGGAGGGAUAUCCUUUCCCCACUAAUUUAGAUCAGAGACCUCCCGGAGUGGGUGGUAUGGCGCCGGAGAGUGAGCAGGAUAUUGUUGUGCGGGGGUUGGAGGGCGGUUGGGAUAGGCAGCAGGUUGUUGCUGCGCUGAAGAAGAUGCAUGUUGAUUCGCGCGCGUAA